CGUAGCAUUCGUAGAGAUCAAGAGGUUAAAACUCAAUUUGCUGACUUCAUACCCAGAAAAAGAAUGUUUCAAGCACCAGAGUAUACACAAGCUGUGUCAGCGAGACUGUCAGAAGUGCUUGCUGACAUAGGAGUGGAUGAGAGGAUUGUGAUGAAGCGUAGAAGAACAUGGCUGCUAAAAGAAUCUAUGGAUAAUAUAUCAGGACACAAUCUACUGGACAAGAAUGGUUCAAGAUACACUUUAGGCAGCCAGUCGGAAGGCACAACUACAUUUGGAGUUCAUUCAGACAUUGAUCAGCUUGUAUGUUCCGAUGACAUUAACAUGAUACAAGACUGGAGCCACUGGCAACCUGGUGUAAUAAAUUACCUGAUGAUCCAGGAUGAGACUGUAUCACCUGGCUACUGUUUGCUACAACGUCUGCGGGCUGAUGUUCCUCUUUCAUACAAUGGUGAACCUAACAAAUAUGAAUUCAGAGACAGGGCAGGGAGAAUACUAUUAAGGAAUAAAAUAAUGUCUGACGUAGCUAAAGCAGUAGGAAAAAAGUUUACAUGCUGGAAAGGAGUACAACAUGGUCCAGCACAUACACCACCUAGACAACAUGGGGUUUAUGACACAGACAUCGUUGGUGCUUUCCUCUGUAAAUCAUGGCCUCUACAAGCCAGACAAUGGUUAAACCAGCAAGGUGUAGGUCAGUGGCCUUCAGAUAAUAUGAGGAGGUAUUGUAGCAGAACUGGAUGUUUUGUUGUUGGAGUUGGAAACAAAAGAAAUGACAAUGAGCAGCUUGAAUGGAGAAUAUCAACAUCUCUAGCAGAGAGGUGUUUAAUGUUUAAUCUCAAUAUCACACAGAUUCGGUGCUAUGUGUUGAUGAAGAUGAUAUUAAAAACUUACAUUAAGCCACAAUAUGAAGAUACCAUUUCAAGUUUCAUGUGUAAAACAGUUCUGUUCAAAUUAAUUGCAAAUACACAUUAUAAUUUCUGGAGAGAAAAUAAUGUGCUUGUUUGUCUAUCAAUGUGUCUAUUUGCCCUAUACAACUGUAUUUUGAAUGGGAACUGUCCACAUUUCAUGAUACCAGGAAAUAAUUUAAUAGUAGGGCAUAUCAAUCAUGAAUCUAAACCUCAUCUUCUUGAAAUACUGCUGUAUAUUAUACACAGUGAAGGAACAGCAUUAUUUUGGAUUGAGAGUGACGAUCUUGGUUCAAGGCUUCUCUUGAAAUUGAAUAAUUUAUCCCCAUUCAAAAUAAGUGACAUUGUUUCAGGAGGCUUAUUACAAGUAACUGCAGAGAAUAUUGACAAUAAAAUAAAGUACUGUCUAUCUUUCAUUAGCCAUGUUACGAAGUGGCUAUACGAAUAUUGCUGAGGUAUAUUUUCAAACUAGUGACUGCUUCUAAGCAAUGCCAAGGAUUGACAAAACAGCUUGAAGCCUUCUUGCUCCACAUUUCUGGGAUCAAUUCUGGCAUCAUUCAGCAUUCAACAAUACAAUGAUAUAUCAGAAGAAGCUCUCACCUGGUUCUCACUAGGUCUGAACAAAGAUGUUUCAUCUGGAAAACUGAAGCUAGCAUCCUUGUUUUACUGUACAGGGGCUAGUCAAAGAACAGAAAUUGUACUCAGAGAUAUUGAAGGAAGCUAUGACCACAAUAUCGUUCAUCCUAUUUGUGGAUGCUAUAAUUACAUCCCUCAAGCUAUGAAAAAAGGAUUCAAUGCUAUUUCUGACAAUCAUAAUGAAGAAGCUCUACAAUACAAUGCAGCCUUUUGUGUCAGAUUUCUGCCAUGUGAAAUUAACUGCAUUCCAACUGAACUACAGUAUGAAUUGUUCAGAUCUACAGAAGAGGAUCUUGCUUUCAGAGAAAGACUUGACUACUGGAUGGAUUGGGCAGUUAUUGAUUCUCUUUCUUUCCUGUACUUUUUACAAUACAAGACCUACAGGUAUCUUGGGAGACAAGAUGACAAGCAAAGAGCACUUUCAAAACUUAUCAGGACCAUUGACCAGGAACCAAACCUUGCACACAAGGAAACAACUCUAAAUCUUCUUGGGCAAUGUAUGGAACACGAGAACAGAGCAGCAGUUGCUUUACAUUGUUACUUGUUAUCCUUAGAUCUAAGGGGAAGAAACAAUGCUGCUAAGAUCCAUAUAUGUAGGCUUCUAUCCACUUUGGUAAAUGACCAUGCUCGUAACCAGUAACUCCUGUGAAGUUUCAUCGAAAAGAGAUUUUGGGGAUGAAAUGCAGACAAAAAUGAAAUAUAAAUAACAAGUAUCAGAAAAGACCACUUCCAGGAGGCCCAAAUUGGCCUUAGUGGAUCACAUGAAAAAGCCCUUUUGCUCUUGUAAGUUUUGAUAUCUGACAAUUUGGACCUGAGAAAGGAAUUACUCAAUUCUCUGUUGUUUCCCAUACCCUGUUGUUAACUCAAGUUAUAAAUACACACCCUAAGUAAUAAUAAAUCACUGAACAGAACCAAAUAACUGAACGCUCUUUGGAAAAGUUAUUUAAAGGUUAAUUCAUUUUGAAUCUACUGGAUACUACUGUCCCAUUGGUUCUACUUUGAUAGUUUGUUUAUAUGAACUCGACUGCCGCUAACGCAAAUAAGUUUGCAUACUAGCAACUGUCAAACAAUUCUAAGCUAGUAUGCCUACAACCAUGACUGCUUGAGGUCUUGUCGGAUACGUCUAUCAAAUGCAGUUCGUUAGACUGUCUCGAUGAUUUAUCAUCUCCUUCGGUUAUGGUCGUUGACUUUGGCUGCCUGGGGUCUCUCGGAUACUGCUAUCCGAUCACAUUCAGUUCAAUAAACUGCCUCGAUGAGUGCAAGCUCUAUCGCGUCGGUCAUGGUCGCCUCGGUCAAGAUCGCCAGAGGGCAAUGGUGGGCUGUGCGAGCCUGUCUCCCUUUUGCCAAACACAUUUUAUAAUUAUUAUUUUAUCUAUUUAUGUUUGUAUUAUAAAUAGAUGUUAUCAGUUGGGUGUCUAAGAAUAAACUUUGUCUCUAAA